AUGAACGAUGGCCAACGCUCUCUAAGACUCUCCAUAGACUUCUCCCAAUACACCCACAAAACCACCCACCUCCUCGCCAUCAUCUCCACCCACUCCCAAUGCCAGCGCGACCUCUUCCCCUCCCCCUUCCGGCCUACACCGCCCACGCCGUCUCACGCGUUGAGAAGGAAAGUGUGGAUGUUGUUGUUUAGAAAGGAUCGGGGGAUGAUGGAGAGGGCGGAACGGGAGGGGUUGGUAGAAUGGGUGGAGGGGGAUGGGAUUGAGGGGGCUGGGAAGUGGGAAGUGGGGGAUGAGUGGGAUGAGGGGGUUUAUAACCCGAUUGGUGAUUGGGUUGAAGAGCUCAUGGAAACCUUCCGCCAUGAGCUAUACGACAAGCCAGGCAUGUUUGACAGACGCUGGACUUCCUGGGAGGAUGUAGCGGAUGAAGACGAGGAAGAUCGUCUCCGAGAACUCUGCCCCCACUACUUUCAGCUAAGAACUCUGAUGGACGCCGCUGGUCUUCUUCCAAAACUCAUCAAGAAGCCCAAGCCGGCCCCACCGAUCAUUACCAUAUCUUCCGAUGAAUCGGAUGGAUCCGAGGAUGGGGCAGCUCCUCCUUCUUGGCGUGUACGGCGAAAGAGGCGGUCAAAGACGUCGGAUACGGCGGCGUCUUCUGCUUCUGCUUUCACCUCUUCCCCUUCCUCAUCGUCGGACUCGGACAGUGAGGACGACCCCAUACCUCUCUCGCCUUCCGAAUACGUCGUCCCCCGACGCCACACACCAUCACUCCCAUACAGACCCCGUCCACCUAAACGUCUAUCCCCCCGACCUCUCCCUCCCAGACCCGUCCGCAACCUCCCUUCUUCCUCUUCCGCCUCUGAAACCGAUACCGAACCCCUCCACAUCUCAGGUCAUUUCGAAAAACGCGCAAGGCGGCCCGAUACGCCCCCUCUAGGGCAUUUACCGGGGAUCUAUUCGUAUCACGAUGAACUAGAUAGGGCGAGGGUGAUGGGGCUUUUCGAUUUCGCGCCCCCAGAUCAAGGGGAUGGGGUGGGGGUGGAGGUGAAGGUGAUACCGGAGAGUAUGGAGUUGGAUAGUGAAGGUGAACCUGAAUGGGGCGGAGAUGCGGUGGUGAAAGUGGUACUCCAAGAAACAGACGGGCGUCCCUGGCCAUCCGAUAUCGUUGCCGAAGUGCAUCUCCCAGAACCAGAGGGAAGGCGAAAGAGGAAGAGGGCCAGGCCGGGGGAGGAUACAGGGAGAGGGGAGAGUGAGAGGAGGGUCAAGAGGAAGAUGAGGAUACCGAAUUUGCAGAUUGCGAAAGAUGAUCUGAAUAGGAAGGCUCAGAAGCGGAUGGGCGUGGUUCUUGCUGGGGUGGAUAUUUUGUGA